AUUAAUCCAUCCUCCUGCAUUCCACGGAGCUCAGUCAGUGUAGUGCAGCUAUUAUAGCUUGCUGUGCAGUUCAGUGUGUUCAAUUUGCACUUGCCAAGAGGGAUAGCUAGGACUGUAGCUGCCUUCUGUGCUCAAAGAUCUGAUAGAGUUCUACUGUUCUCUUUGUCUGCUGUUAGCCAGUAGGUAGUGAGAAGGUAGUAGCUAGAAUCAACCAGCAAGUUACGUGCACACCUUACUGCACUGAAGAGGACUAUAUCUUCCAAGAUCAUGAUAAUGUCGGUCAAGUUGUUGAUCAGUGUGCUGGCUCUUGCCUGCAUCUCCUCACAAGCGGCUGCUCAGGAGCAAGUCUUCUGUUUCGAGGAAUUCACUGAGGCUGAGGGCAAUGGCCAGUGUGGAGGGCAGUUUAUGGGUAUGACGACUCCGGAGGACUGUUGCGUAACACAAGGAGCAGGGGGCUAUGUGUUAGGAGGAGGCAAUGAAGAUUGCAAAUCUUGUAUGACUGUUACCGAUCCUAAUGGACCCGCUGGACCACCCGGCGACUCUGGCAAUGUGGUUGGAGGACCACUUCCCGGUCCCGCUGGCCCACCUGGAAAUCCUGGACCCAAUGGAGAUGAUGGUACUGAUGGUGACCAAGGUAGUGAUGGAGAUCAAGGUCCAAUCGGAGGUGUGGGCCCAGCUGGUGCUCCAGGUGUGCCUGGACCCCCUGGUGUCAUUGGAUUCCCCAAAGGACCAAAAGGAGGAAUUGGUUACCCUGGUCACCCCGGAGUGCCUGGAUCUAAGGGAACGAAGGGCCCUCAGGGUGUCCCUGGUUUAGUGGGCUGGCCAGGACCCAAGGGAUACCCAGGACUCAAGGGACCACAGGGAAAGAAAGGACCCAAGGGAGAGAGGGGUUAUGUUGGACCACCUGGAGCAGUUGGACCUGCUGGCGACUUUGGACCUAAGGGACCUAGUGGUGUGCCUGGAGCACCUGGACAGGGCGGACCUGCUGGUAAUGUAGGAGUUCAGGGCCCACCUGGACCCAACGGAGAUCAAGGAGUGCCUGGAGAUACUGGUAACGAUGGAGCCAAGGGCCCACCUGGAAAUGCUGGACCACCUGGAUUCCCUGGACCUACUGGAGGUCGUGGAGAGGCUGGAGACAAAGGACAACCUGGUGAUCCUGGACCAUAUGGCCCAGCUGGAGUCGAGGGACCCGCUGGUCAGAGGGGAGCCACUGGCCCUCAGGGACCCAAGGGAAUAGCUGGAGACACCGGUCCAUACGGACACCCUGGAUCUAAGGGCAAGGCAGGCAACCCUGGACAACCUGGCAAAGAUGGAGUACCUGGAGACAGGGGAGAGGAUGGAGGUGAUGGUACUGAUGGUGCCCCAGGCCCACAAGGACCAGCUGGACAGAAGGGAGAUCCCGGCAAGAGAGGAGCACCUGGUGCCCCAGGACGACACGGAGAAACUGGUCGUCAAGGAGAUACCGGAGCCCCAGGUUUCAACGGAGAUGAUGGCCACCCAGGUCAACAAGGAGCCAAGGGUCAGAAGGGACCUCUCGGAGACAAGGGAGCACGUGGAGCCUUCGGAGACCUUGGUCACCCCGGAGUGGACGGACCCAAAGGACUUAGGGGUGGCCCCGGACAAGACGGACCAGCUGGAUCUCAGGGAGAACCUGGCAACGGUGGAGAGCCUGGAUUCAAUGGCAAACCUGGAAAAUCUGGAGCUUCUGGAGAUUCUGGUGACAAUGGUGACAACGGUCCAGACGGUCCUCCUGGCAAGGCUGGCACAGACGGCAAGGAUGGAGGUCGUGGAUUCCCCGGUCGCCGUGGACCCCCUGGUUUCCCUGGACAACCCGGCCCACCUGGACAAUCUGGCUCUGAUGGUUCUGAGGGAGCUAAAGGACCAUCUGGUUUCCCUGGCCCCACAGGACCCCCCGGCCCAGUUGGACCCACUGGCAGACCUGGACCAGCUGGCUCUGAUGGAGAGCCUGGUGACGAUGGAGACCCUGGACAAGAUGGACCUCAUGGAGCACCUGGUCACCCAGGCCCCAAAGGUCAACAUGGUCAACAUGGAGAGAUUGGAGAUCAAGGAGCCAAGGGCCCCACUGGACCCCCCGGCCCUGCUGGAGCACGAGGAACUAAGGGAGCACACGGUCGAGAGGGACCACGAGGACAGAAGGGAGAUGCUGGACCUGGUGGUGACAGUGGGUCAUCAGGAGACGAGGGAGAGAAGGGAAGCAAUGGUGCCCCCGGUAAGGCUGGAGCUCGUGGAGCCUCUGGUCAGCCUGGUGCAGCCGGUGGCCCUGGAGCAUCUGGACCAAAAGGACAACGUGGAGAGCCAGGUUCCCAAGGAGAACAAGGUCUACUUGGCCCCAAUGGCCCUGCUGGAUCAAUCGGAUUCACUGGAGCUAAAGGAAUGAACGGAGAUAGUGGCCCAGCUGGACCUGCUGGAGAGACUGGCCACCCUGGCCCCGAUGGCCGACCUGGUUCACCCGGACGAAAAGGACCCCCUGGCCCAGUGGGUGAGGCUGGAGCUGAUGGACCACAUGGACCUGAUGGUGAUAGAGGAAACCCAGGACCUGCCGGAUCUGUGGGAUCAAACGGAGAGAGGGGUGAUGUUGGAGGCACAGGAAAUGCAGGUCCAGCUGGAGCAGCUGGUACUAAGGGCCCCGCCGGGUCAGCUGGAUCAAAGGGUCAAGCAGGAAGCAGAGGAGCACCAGGAUCUGAUGGCAUCCCAGGAUCAGCCGGGACACCAGGAACCCAGGGACCUAAAGGACAGAAGGGAGUCAAGGGCGCUGAUGGUGCUCAUGGAGCUUCUGGACCAGCUGGAGCUCAAGGUGGUCAAGGAAAACGUGGAGACAAGGGAUACAUUGGUGCCUCUGGCGAGAAAGGAGAUGACGGCCCAGUCGGCAAGGCUGGCGGCAAAGGACCCAAGGGCCCACCUGGACCUAAGGGAUUCCCUGGCGGCAAGGGACCAACUGGACCUAACGGUAUUGAUGGCAGAGACGGCAACCCUGGAGACAUCGGAGCCACUGGCCGUGCUGGCCCAAUCGGACCACCAGGACCCCCUGGACCUCUUGGACCCAAGGGAGCUGACGGUAUUCCAGGACCUGAUGGUCUUCCUGGAGACGAUGGAGCCAAAGGAGCAGUUGGAGAGAAGGGCAACCGUGGCCCAGGUGGUAGUCGUGGUGAUCCUGGUUCUUCUGGUGCACCAGGAGACCAAGGACCAUUUGGCCCAGACGGAGAUGAUGGUGCCAGCGGAGAGCCAGGUCAAGAGGGAGCAAAGGGUCCAGCUGGAUCAGCAGGAGCUCCUGGUGAUGCCGGAAUUGAGGGAACAGUUGGAUCUCCAGGCAACACUGGAGCCCAAGGAGCAGUUGGUCUUGCUGGAGACAGGGGAACACCCGGAUCUGCUGGUGUGGACGGACAGACUGGACCUCAGGGUCCCGUCGGACAACCAGGACCCAGUGGAAAGCAGGGUCCCUCUGGUGAGCCAGGUGAUCAGGGCAUGACUGGAGAGCCUGGUGUGACUGGAGGCACAGGAGAGAAGGGAGACAGAGGGCGUAACGGAAUCCCCGGACCUCAGGGUACCAAGGGAAUCCCUGGAAUGCCUGGCCCCGCUGGACUCACUGGACCUGAUGGCAAGAAGGGUAUUGAUGGACCCCAAGGAGACGAUGGUGGCGUUGGACCAGUUGGACCUGUUGGCCCCAAGGGACCAGACGGUAACAAGGGACACCCUGGACCAUCUGGAAUGGCUGGACCCCCUGGACCCCCAGGUGCCCCAGGCACUGCCGGACCCGAUCACAAAACACCUGUGUUCUACUCUAGUGCUCGUGAUGACCUCGCUGAUAUACAGAUCCCAUCCAACUUCGAUCAUGAAGGUGUGCGUGUCCAGCUGUUUGACAAGCUCAGUGGACUCAUCUCCCCUCUGGGAACCAAGGAGAAUCCAGCCACUUGUUGUCAAGACAUCUACAGUUGCAAUGCCGAGAGCUUCAAGGCAGGCUACUACUGGAUCGAUCCCAAUGAGGGAUCUCCCAAGGACGCCAUUCGUGUCUACUGCAAGGGAGCUGAGACUUGCCUCACACCCACCAACGAGUUUGACUACUCUGAGGGCGCCAUUCCUCUGAGGUUCCUUCGUCUCAAGCACUCCAAUGUCCGCCAGAACAUCACCUACAACUGUGACGGUGGAGUCGACAACUUCAUGCUCGUCAAGAUGCGUGGAUCCAACGGAGAAACUGUCACUUUUGGUGACAAGACUGUGCGAAUGGUCUCCCAGCCUGGUGAGUGCCCAGUGGUCCUGGAAGUGUCCACUCUGAGGGGAGACGUGAGCAGUGCUGUGCUGCCCAUCCAAGGAGUACUGCCCGAGACCAACAACAAGCCAGAGAGCUAUUCUGCCGGCUCACUCUGCUUCUGGUAGAGUAACGGCUAGUCCACUGUACACCUAAAGACGAUUGUUCUACUGUAGCUAUAUUAUAUGACCUCAUUUUUUUUUUUAUCUCAAGUGAUUCAUGUCUUGUAUGUAACUGAAUUUUCUACUAGUAUUAAUAGUUGGUCAUUAGAAUCGGUUGUUAUAUUAAUUGUUUCAAAGUGACAUAAAAAGUGACUUUAUAUAUGCAGUCUAAUAUUUAUUCAAAUGCUUUCAAUUUAUAAUGUGA